AUGUCGAAAGGAAAAUUGUUAUCCAUACCUCUCUUUGUUGCGCUCUAUCUCUUUUCGUUUGCACACCCAGCACCGUUCAAUAUCGGAAAGGAAACAUAUUCGGAGGAUGAAUCGUUUGACGACACGUCGAUGACUUUCGAUUAUAAUGAAGCACAUAGUUUUAUUAAAAAUGAAAUGAAGAAGUAUGGCUACCUCAAAAAACACUCGUCUCUAAUGGAAUUCAAAGCUGCGCUCAAAAAUUUUCAAGAAGUCCUCGAAAUCGAAGAAUCAGGGGAAGUGAAUGAGCAAACCAUGGCAGCUGCUUCGAAACCACGCUGUUCUCAAACUGAUAUUUUUCAUACAUCUUCCCGUUUCAAACGAUUUUCUCUCUCAAAACGUUCGAAAUGGUCCAAAAAACAUUUCACAUCACCCAAUUCAAUAUCUCUGACGUGGUGUCUUUCUGAAUUUACCACGGACAUGAGCCCAGUGGAAACUCGAAGGAUUGUAAAAAAAGCUUUUGAUAUAUGGACUUCUCAAAGUAAUAUCCGCCACGAAAAAAAGAUUGGACUCAACUUCGAAGAGGCUUCAUCAAAAGACGACUGUGACAUCAAUAUCAUGUUUGCAACUGGACAUCAUGGAGAUGAGUAUGCGUUUGACGGCACUGAUGGAUCUAUUGUGGGCAGCAAACAAUCAAAUGUACUUGCUCACACGUUUUUCCCUGGAUACACAUAUCCACUCAACGGAGACAUUCACUUUGAUGAUUCGGAAGAUUGGGAGAAUGACAUCAACGCGGUUGGUGGUCCAGGAAAUCGAAAACGAUAUUUCCCGUACAUCUUAGCUCACGAAAUAGGACACGCUCUGGGGUUGGAUCACUCCUUGAAAACCAAUGCUUUGAUGCAUCCGUACUACAAAAACAUUAAACUUUCCGAGAUCAAGUUAAGUGUCGAUGACAAAUGCGGGUUGUUGUGGAAUUUCAAUGGACCAUCGAACUUUUGCUUGUACGUUUGGCUGAUGAGCCAAGUUGUCGCGGUCCAGCGUCUCCCUUCCCGUAACAAUCAACUGAUAGAAGCCAUUCCAACCAUCAAAAAUUCAAAUAAGAUGUCGAAGUACGCGAAAAUUCCAAAGUGCACGACCUCAAAUGUUGAAAAAAUUACGAGAAGAAAUAUCAAGAGCGAAUUGCAAUUGAAUGAUGAGGACGUGGAACACUACACCACUAUUGUCUGUAAUUUCCUCGCUGGUCUUCAACUGUGGAAAAACACUCCGCAAUACAAUCCAAUCAAUGCUCUCGAAGACCAAUUCAGGGAGAACCAACAAACAACACUGGCGGAUGGUACUACUGCUUUCCGUCGAUUGAUUCGUCACGCAAAACAUUUACAAGAAUCAAGCAGGAGAAGUCCUCUCGGUGAGUUUUCGAAUGUCCAAAUUGUCAAAGUUUAA